CUCUCUUUUUUUUCUUUCUUUCUUUUAUCUUUGUGUUGCCCAAGAUUGGCUCACUCGUCUACCGAGACGGAUACCUGCUCUCACAGUUCACGACCAAAAACCAAAUCACAAGCAUCAUCAAUCAGGCAGGAUCAGGGGUCAAUACAACACCGCUAGUUGUCCCAUGCCAGGUGCCAUCGACCCCUCUCUAUCUGGUGCUAGUGCUAGACUAAACCCGGGCUGGUUUUGCCGGAUAGCGAGAAUCCCUGCAACCCAAACUGUCAAGUGCUGGGUUUUCGUGGAGACCACACACCUUGUGCCUGAUCCGCCUGUGGACUGGACUGCUUUGGAAUCUUUUCCUCUCCACCUUUUGCACGCCUCACCUACUCGUUCUCCGGGCCUUAUCUCUUUGUGUAUUUUUUUUUUCUUUUGCUUCUCUUAUUUUUGGUCACUUUUUUUUUUCUUUUUCCCCUGCCGCCCAUUUCACGCACCAAAACGUUCAAGUCACUUUUUAGUUUGCCCCUCGUCGCCCCGCUGCCAGUUAGGUCGUCCGGGACUUACGUCUGAUACGGUACAUCUCCUAAUCUGAGAGUAUCUUUGUCAUACCAGGGUUUGCAUGCAAGCCAUCCGGCGGUAACUUCCAGGAUCUUUCAACCUCUUGGGAGUGUUUUCUUGGGUUUUGGUUUAAUUUUUUAUUUCAUUUUUUUGGAGGGUUGCGGGAGCAAACAGGGGAAGAGAAGAAAUCCAUCAUAACACAGAGACAGGGAACACCCAAGGAGCGGAAUCAAGGGAUGGUAAAAAAAAGGUAUUGACCUCCAAAAACACAUGGAAGAAGCCAACGCCCCCUGAAUAUACAACAUACAGAGGACCAAGGGGAAACAGAAAGUCUAUAUUUCAAUAGGACAUCUCGGAGCUUCACCCGGGGGAACAACAAAAUCUUUAGAGGGACGACAGGAAAAGCAAGGACACCACCUUUCCCAACCAGAGCAUAGGCACAUUUUAGCCGCCAAAGAGUCAAGACAAGUGGAUCCCGUCAGUCGACCAACGUACAGCUACGAAGUGCAUCUUCGACUCGUUCACGGAUAGGACCGGAUCGGACCAAAUGUGUUGACAUGGACAACUCGUCGACCCCCCUCGCCGACUACUUCUGGAUCGCCGGGAUUGAGAACAUCUCGUACGGCGAUUCCUCGCUGCCCUCAUCCCCGAAUUUCGACGAGACGAUAAACGAAGACGGCGAGGGCGAGUCGGCCGGCAAUGCCAGCAACGAAAGGGAGGCCCGAUCUACACCUACGGCCUCUGCCAGGCACUCACGCCACAACUCGACCAGUCGCUUGUCUAAAAUCUCACAGGAUGGCACUGUCCACCUGAACUUUAGCCAUCUUGAUGAUGACGGCAACACACGAAGCAACCGAAGCAGCGCUACUAUCCGUCUCGUCCCUCCUGUGAAUUCGUCUGCCAAUCAAAAUGGAAACCCCAACGGCGUGCCCGAGUUUGACUUUGACAAAGCACUGCUCAAGUUUGCCUCGGAGCGGGAGAUCUUUCUUGACGAUCUGUCGUUCAGUGCCGGCGCCAAGUUGCAAUCGCGUCCGCCCAUGGUCAACCCACGAACCGAGAGGAUCAAGGCAGAGGAGGUUGAGAAUGGGAGAAAGAGUCCACUCAAGAGCAUCAAGGGAAGCAUUCGCCGCAAGAUCAGUUUUAGGGACAUGAAUAGCAUGCGGAGGCAGCCGACUGCUCCCAGACCAGCAUCGAACCGCCAACCAGCUGCCUCGAUACGGACCGCGAAGCGACUGAGCAACUACAAUUCGGUCAUCCCCCCUCCGGAACCGCUCAAUACCGACCCGAACAUGCACCCAUUGAAACGACGAUUCGAGCCGACAUUACUCGACAGAUAUCCUCCAAGAGAUGCUUCGGACGAACUGGCACGUAGGGGACGGUUCCCUGACUACGUGCCAAUGUUUGCCUUUCCGAACGAUAUACAAAUCGUAUCAUCGGAUGACAGGCCCCGAUCAACCUGGCACGGCUUCACCAUGACGUCGGAGGACGGUAGCAAAAUCUACGGUGUGGCGGUUACGGUAUGGACCGCUCUCAAAGCCGACGUGGCCGAGGAGAUUGAGCAGAAAUGCGAACAAUGGCGUCAAAGUCACAUGUCGAACGAGGAGCGGGAACUGGCUGCAAGCUUGGGCGUGAGGCUGGCUGCAGAAAGGGCAAACCUUUCACAGCUUCUUGCCCAGCUUCCCCUGGUGACUUCGGGUUCUGUGGCUAGAGAAAAUCUAGAUGACCAGAUCAGCGCGGUCGAGGAGAAGAUUGGGCUGAUGACGGAGAUGCUGAGGCCCCUUCGACAUGGUGCGGCCUCUAAGAUCGACGGUCUCACUGCUGGUGAAAGCGGUCUUUGGUCGCCGAGGGCAUACGGAAUCAUUGGCCGCGAUGCUUCCAAGGUGUCUUUCUGGAAGGAGUGGCUCAGGGCGAUUGUGGUUCCCAUGACGGACGGCGCUGUGCUUCGAGUACCUCCUAGCUCCCCGAGGGUGGGCAGAUGGCAGCCCCUAGAGCGAUAUGUUGUCAACCUCUGCACCGAGGCGUUCAGCCCAAUAAGCUCCAAGACGCAGGUUGAGCUGGGCGUAAGAGAGCUGCGACUAUAUGCCCGCAACGAAGCUGACAAUGAGCUGCCAGGCUCACGAAGCACCGAUUUAUACGCGCUGUUCCGUUGCUUAUCUUUGGAGAACAUUGUGGCACUGUUCGAGUAUGCCAUGUCGGAAUCUCGCAUCAUCUUUGUGUCACAACAUACAGCAAUGCUUCAUCUUGCAUGCCACGCUCUCAUCAGCUUGCUUUACCCAUUGAAAUGGGCUAGUGUCUUUAUUCCAGUGCUACCAGCUCGCCUGCUCCAAGCUCUCGACGCUCCCUGUCCUUACAUAGUCGGCAUCGAGAAACGUUACGAGAAUAUCCAGCUGCCCGACGAUGAUUACGUCCUCGUGGACCUUGACAAGGACACUAUAGAUGCGACUGCUCAGCCGGUGCGUCUGCCUCGUCAACAUCGCCGCAAACUAGUUGCACUAUUACAGGUGGCUGCUGCUCAUCGCUUGAGGUACGGCGUAGAGGCAGGACCUCCCCCAUAUGCCAUCGAAGCUUUCCCAUACGAUGGCUUCUCGGUCGAGAACCAAUCCCUAUUCACCUCGACGCCGCCCAAGUCAAGCUUGGGCCGGUGGGUGUCGCAGAACUCGGCAAGUUUCGGCGAGCCUGACCUAUCCAGUCCGCCACAACCUCCUCUUUUCAACGCUUUCCUUCGCUCCAAACAUGAGCAGGGCCGGUCGGAACGGCCGACCACCUCGAUGUCAACCAAGACCAGCCCACCUGCAUCGUUGUCUCCGAUUUCCAUGAAUUUUCCACCAAUGCCCACGACGCCCGUUUCACGCAGUGACUCGGGCUUUGCAGCCGGGCCGACGACGCUCCGUGAGAAGCGCUCGACCCAUUUUGACGAUCGCUCUAGGCGUAGCUCCUCAUUUGGACUUGACGUCAGGAACGGUGGCGUGCUCCACAAGCCUAGCUUGCCAGUGCUCAACGGAGGCCACAACCCGAGCCUGUCGGUAUCGGCCAUCAGUAUUGACUCGCAAUCCUCUUAUGGUGGCCCUGGUGUUGGGUACGCACCAUCGACGUACGCGCAGAGCACCAUCGCUGCCAGCACGGUCAUGCCUCAGAUGCUGGUGCAACCAGUGACAAGUACCGACACGACGGUGUGGGUUGAGGGUCACUGCUUUAACUGGACACCUAGGGCGUCCACCUCGACUACGUGCGACGUUUGCGAUGAAAGGUGCGAGAGUGAUGACACUUUCAAGUGUGCAGGCUGUGGGUGCGUUUCCCACGGAAGAUGCCUGGGCGUUGCCUGCCUUGUCUGCCCAAUUGCCUUUGACGCUGAGAGGGUUCGCGCUGCCUUUGUCCGCUGCCUGGCGAGUCUGCUGUACACAUACCGCAAACAUCUGGGGCGGCCGAGCAGGGAGCAGAAGGCGAACGGCCAGUUGUAUGCGUUUGACAUGGCUGGAUUCAUCAGGAGCUUGCCCUACGAUCAACAGGAUUAUGCCGUUAUGAUGAGGGAUACACAAGCUUUCAACGAGUUCGUUCAUGAACGUGAACGCUCACCACCGAGCAACCCGCAAAUUCGGCUCUUUGAUGAAAUUCUCCUUGCCAAGAAGGCGCGCGGCCGGCCGACCAUGGGGACGUUGUCGAGGCUCUCGACGAUCCGCGUGUCGCACGGGGCCUCGCUGGGAGUGCACAGCGGGCCAGGUAGGCUGACCAAGGUCGCGGGCUACCUGGGCGACACGUCGGACCACAUCUGGCGGACGGCGUCUGUGCCAUUUCCCAACGCCAAGUUCCCCGGCGACUACCGGUCUGUCAUCACACGGGUGCCUACCAAGCUGGACCCGACACUCAUGAAGGAACCGAGGGCGAUUCAGGGCGUGCCGAGGGCUGAGCAAGGGGGUAGGAGAGGUCUUGUGCGGAAGCAGGUGCCUAGUACGCUCAAUGCCACGGCCGCCAGCCCAAUUUGACGGAUAUAGCCAGCUGUAAGAUAUGGUUUAACAUACUGGACAAACAGUAUGAAAGGAUGACGACAAGCAAGAACGGGAGGAGGAUGUAAUAUCUACUGCCCAUCUAUGUACAUUGGUAUUUUCUCUUUUUCGUUUUCCGGUUCUUUUUUUUUUUCUAUGAGGACCAAAUGGGGUAAUCAUGGUUUUCUUUUUGCACAAAACCAUGCAGAAAAAAAGAGCCCUUUGGAUUGCGUCCGGGGUUGGAUGUUUUAGCAGUACCUCACUUGGUAUACUAAAUAAGACUGAGGCGAAGGGGGAGGAGUAUCAAGAACCCCUUUCAUCGGGGUGGAAUAAAUGAAGAAGCGUCUGUCAUAUCUAGCGAGCAAAAAUCAUUCAGC